UGCAGCCGGCCGGAGCCGCUGCCGCCGCUGACGCUCUGCGCGCGGACCGUGUCGUGAGGUGUGGCCCGGGAACGCUCCGGGAAAAAACCUGUCAGCCGAAACGACACGCCGAGGAGGAAGAGGAGGAGGAGGAGGAGGAGGAGGUGGAGGGGUGGUGGUGGUGGUGGUGGAAAAGAUGUCCGCUUCGGUGGGGCCCCAGGGCGGCCCUCGCCCACCCACCGCGCCGUCAUCAGCCAUGCCGGAUCUGCCGGACCUCAGCCACCUCACGGAGGAGGAGAGGAAGAUCAUCAUGGCUGUGAUGGCUCGGCAGAAGGAGGAGGAGGAGAAAGAGCAAGCCAUGCUAAAAACGCUGCACCAGCAGUUUGAGAGCUACAAACAGGAAGUGCGUCGUAUCGGGGCCGAGACGCGGCGCCAGCAGACGCAGCAGAAGGACGACGCGCCCACCUGCGGCAUCUGCCGCAAGACCAAGUUCGCCGACGGCUGCGGCCACGUCUGCUCGUACUGCCAGACCAAGUUCUGCGCCCGCUGUGGGGGGCGGGUCUCUCUGCGCUCCAACAAUGAGGACAAAGUGUGUCUCAUAGUGAAGGACAGGGUAAUGUGGGUAUGCAACCUGUGCCGUAAGCAGCAGGAGAUUCUCACCAAGUCAGGAGAAUGGUUUUCGGGCUCAGGGGUGCGGCCCGGGAGCCUGGGCACCUCCUUCGACGACCCGGCCACGGGAGGUGAUCCCCAGCGGGACAGGAAGCUACUCCGCUCCAGGUCCCAAGCCCCGCCCUCCAGCACCAACGCCAACACCGGCCUGCCAAGCGGGACGACGCCGUCCACCGGGGUCACUGCCGCCAAGGGUGCGGACACCAUGCCUGGCUCUCGCUCGCAGAGUGAACCGCCAAAAGAGAAGAAAAGGCCAGUUUCCUUCCACGAACAAAACGGUAAAGGAGGUAUGGGCCGCGGUAGCGCUCGAAGACCUGCAGGCAAACUUCAGUCUCAGUCGUCUCUGGAUGAACGGACGGCUGCCGGGGACCGAGAGCGGAGGUUUGGAGAUGGGCGACGGCUGGAGAAGAUCCACUCUCAGGACUAUGACGACGGGGAGGAGAACCUGGGUCGCUCCGAGACCCACCGGAGACGGCCGGAGGACGAGGAGCAGAGGGAGAGGCAGCGUCGGGAGGAGGAGUUCCAGAACCGGUACCGAAGUGACCCCAAUCUGGCAAGAUACCCGGUGAAACCACAAAAAGAGGAGCAGGAGAUGCGUAUGCAUGCUAAGGUGUCCAAGGUACGGCAUGAACGACGGCACAGUGAUCUUGCGAUCAACGAGGUGGGGCUGGGACCUGGUGAAGGAGGGGGAGGAGGAGGCGGUCUGGGGGAGGUGCCUGAAAACAGACUAGCCAGGAGGGGCGGAGGUGGGGAGGCAGACCGCAAGGUCCUCCUGGACAACCACCGAGCCUACUCUGUGGAUAGGACCGUGGGGGGCGGUGGGGGUGCACCACCCACUGGAGGUGGAGUGAGAUCGGGGCCCCAGACUGGGGGACCGGUGCCUCCAGACUGGGGUCCGAACAACGGGCGCCAGGAACCCGGUACGACACGGGCCCCCAGGGACAAAGGUGGAGAUAGCCUGCUGAGGAAGGACUCUCAAAGCUCGGACCAGUCGGAGUCUCUGCGGCCGCCCCCCCCACGGUCAUACAAGAGCAAGCGCGGCGUCAACAAGAGGCAGAUGUCUAUCAGCAGCUCAGAGGAGGAGGGCGGCUCCACGCCCGAGUACACCAGCUGUGAGGACGUGGACAUGGAAAGCGUCAGCGAGAAAGGUGACUGGGACUGUCAUCCAUUAGAUCCUGCAGUUUGGCAUCAUCCAGUUUCCUGGCAGCCAUCUAAAGAAGGAGACCACCUGAUCGGACGCAUCACUCUGAGUAAGAGGUCGGCCAUGCCACGCGAGGCUGGAUCCCUCCUGGGCCUGAAAGUGGUCGGAGGGAAGAUGACGGAAACAGGAAGACUCGGGGCCUUCAUCACCAAAGUGAAAAAAGGCAGCCUGGCAGAUGUUGUGGGACACUUACGAGCAGGUGACGAGGUGCUGCAGUGGAACGGGAAGUCACUCCCGGGUGCGACCAAGAAAGAAGUUUACAACAUCAUCCUAGAGUCCAAGGCUGAGCCACAAGUGGAGAUCGUAGUUUCCAGACCUAUCGGCUCCAUCAACAGAAUAAUGUCCAAAAACGUCUUGAGAAAAGUGUAUAGAGCAUAUCAAGACACACCGAGAAUCCCCGAGUCCUCCCACCCUCCUCUAGACUCCACGGGUUCAAGUUCCUUUGAAUCGCAGAAGAUGGACCGGCCCUCGAUAUCGGUGAUGUCCCCCACCAGCCCUGGCACCCUCCGAGACAUCCCCCUGGUUCUGCCCGGUCAGCUCUCUGUCAAGCUGUGGUAUGACAAAGUGGGUCAUCAGUUGAUCGUUACCGUCCUUCAAGCCAUAGACCUGCCGACCCGACCUGAUGGACGACCUCGAAACCCCUACGUCAAGAUGUACUUCCUCCCCGAUCGGAGCGAUAAGAGCAAGCGACGUACCAAAACCGUGAAGAAGAGCGCCGAGCCCAAGUGGAACCAGACCUUCUUCUACUCCCACGUCCACCGGCGAGACUUCAGGGAGCGGAUGUUGGAGAUCACGGUGUGGGACCAGCCCCGAGUGCAGGAGGAGGAGAGCGAGUUCCUGGGAGAGAUCCUCAUCGAGCUGGAGACGGCGCUGUUGGACGACAUCCCCCACUGGUACAAACUGCAGACGCACGACGUGUCCUCCAUACCGCUGCCCCAGCCCUCGCCGUACCUCCCGCGCAGACACGUCCACGGAGACAGCCCCAGCAAGAAGUUGCAGAGAUGCCUUCGCAUCAUUGAUACAGAGUUUGAUGAUGAUUUGGUAGUUGUGGAUAAAGGUGCAGAGCGUAACUCCAGGGACAGAGAGCGGGGCAGUACGCUGGCGGUGCCGGAGCAGCAGCGUCCGGUCCAGCACCGCUCGCGCUCCGUGUCUCCGCACAGGGAGGACUCCUGCAGGGCUCGAUCCCGUCCUGCUUAUGUACCCAUGCAGAGGAGUUUGGAUGAGAUUCACCAAAACCGCCAGCACUCCCACUCUCCGUCCCGCUACCACGAGUCGCACCUGGAGCACCAGCGCUCCGGAGACUCAGACUACGAGUACUCUGAGGACAGUGAGGUCCUGGAGAUGCACAGGUGUGUCCGCGGCGGGAGUGCCGAGUGCCUGCACACAAACAGAGGCGUAGCUAGAUACAACAACACACUGCCCCCCAAAAUGCCCCUCUUAGUAAACGGUAUCCAUAAAGACAUUUACAGCUCCACCCUCCCCGCAUGCUUAAAGGGCAAACCGCCCCCCAGGCAGGAAAGGGGUGGGACUUUACCUCGUAGCAUCCUGACGCACCGUGUGCUCAGGUUCACUGAUGAGGUCACGGUGAGUGACCUGCAGCCUUCGUUGGACAGGGUGAGGAGUGCCAGCACCACAUGUCUGAGGCCAGACUCCAGCUUUCCCUCUGCAGACAGAGACAGGUGCUCCAACUUUUUACCCCGCAAGAAUCCCCCGAACCCCCAGAUCUUAGUCCAUCACGUGGCCCUUGAAGAAGACAGGUCAUGUAACAAUUCAUCCACUUCAAACUGUCAAGGAAGCAACAGCAGAAAAAGCCUGGAGGGCGACAGCCGUAUCCAGCCCACCUCUAUCCUGAGGGGCAGUCGAGGGAGAGGGGGGCCUCUGAGGCCCUUCAGCCAGACUGUCCUGUCGGGGUCUUGUCCUAACUCUCCUCGACUGGACAGAGCACACCGGGGCAGCCCCUCCCCUCCGGCAGGGACGCCCUCAUCAGGUCGCAGGGGCCGGCAGCUCCCGCAGCUCCCGGGGAGGAGCAGCAGCAUCGAACAAGCUCUCGCGGUGGAGGAACGAGCCCGACAGGUGCAGAUGAAAGUACAUUCCUACCGGCCUUCAGCCUCCCACGACCCCAAGACCGACCUCAAGACCAAACGGGAGAUGUACGCUGAACAGAGGCGGAGCAGCGACAACAUGUCGGCCCGGUCCUCGGACAGCGACAGGAGCGACAUCUCAGCCCUCUCCCGAGCCAGCAGUGCCUCCCGCCUCAGUAGCACCAGCUACAUGUCCAUCCAGUCCGAGCGACCUGGGGGACGACUCAGAUCCAAGUCAUUAGAGGAGGAGAAGAAGGACAGGAGGAUCUCGUGGGGGGUGGAAGGAGAGGAGGAGAGGAGGAGGUCGGUGGGGAAGAGGCGUUUCUCCGAGGAGCUGAAGCGUCGCAGGCACACUGUAGCAGGAGACAGCAGGGAUUCCAGUCGGCAGAUGCGAUCGAUGGGCCGCAGCAUGCUGAAGAGCUCCAGCGUCAGCGGGGAGAUCUACACGCAGGAGCGCACCGACGGCAGUCAGUCGGACACCGCGCUGGGCACGGUGGGCGGCGGCAGCAAGAAGAGGCGCUCCAGCCUCAGCGCCCGCGUGGUCGCCAUCGUGGGGAACCGUCGCAGCCGCAGCACGUCGCAGAUCAGUGGGCCUGAGGGGAAGAGUAAGAAGGAGAAAGGAGCACCGAUCCAGAGGAGUACUGAGACUGGCAUGGCCGUGGAACUGACCCGCAACAUGAGCCGGCAGCCCAGCAGGGAGUCCAACAACGGCAGCAUGAACAGCUACAACUCCGAAGGAAAUUUGAUCUUCUCUGGGGUGAAUCUGGACGCUAGCAGUCAGUUCAGUGACUUCCUGGAUGGACUGGGACCAGCUCAGUUAGUGGGAAGACAAACACUGGCGACGCCCGCGAUCGGUGACAUCCAGAUUGGUAUGAUGGAGAAGAAAGGUCAGCUGGAGGUGGAGGUCAUCAGAGCACGAGGACUCGUACAGAAGCCCGGAUCUAAAUCUCUCCCUGCUCCGUAUGUCAAAGUCUACCUGCUGAAUAAUGGAGCGUACGUAGCCAAAAAGAAAACCAAGAUUGCACGUAAAACUCUGGACCCGCUGUACCAGCAAGCUCUGCUGUUCGAGGAGAGUCCGCAGGGGAAAGUCCUACAGGUGAUCGUGUGGGGAGACUACGGCCGGAUGGACCACAAGAGCUUCAUGGGAGUCGCGCAGAUCCUGCUGGAGAAGCUGGACUUAUCCAGCACAGUCAUCGGCUGGUACAAGCUCUUCCCCCCCUCGUCCUUAGUGGACCCGACGCUUGCCUCUCUCACACGCCGAGCCUCUCAGUCCUCCCUGGACAGCUCGUCCGGACCCCCCGGGGUCCGAUCCUAGUGGACCAACACGUCCAACGCCGCCAGGCGGGGGGAAAAAAAAAAGAAACAGAAACAAAACUGCUUUGCAGAAAGAAAGAAAAGUGAAAGCGGCAGAAACAACAACAAUCAGAAACAGUCGCAACAACAACAACAAAAAAAAGCUUUGUUGAGAUCUGACAAUCACUUCUGCCGCGGUUCAUUCUGUCUGCCGUAGGCAGCGUCACGUUUCAGUGUUUCAUGUCCAUUCGAAGAAAAAUCUUAUCGUUUUUCUGUGUGCGCUGAAGAAGAAGAAGAAGAAGAAGAAGAAGCAGCGGCAGCAGCUCUCCACCACAGAGCUGAGAAUCAAAAGUGGAAGCAGGGUGGUUUUUAAGUGAAUCAACAAUAGCAAAGAAAUGUAUGUAAGCAUCGGAAUGUAUGGACAGAGGUAAUCACCCUCCACGCCUGCAGGGGGCACCCGCCGACCUCUCUGCAGGGGGGCCUCCUCCUCCUCUUCAGAUCCCCCGACAGACUGCCGGCACGCCUGCUCCGCCGCGCCCCUCCCCCCCCCCCCCCCCCCCCCCCCCUCCGGUGUUGGUCUUCAGUCUGGAAGCACAGGGCCUUCUUCUGGUGCCUCGGAGCCGCAUCGCUGGUCCCCCACCCCCCACCCGGCCCCCCAUCUCUCUUUUCAAUAUGUUUACCACGGCUGCUGUGAAGCCACUUACGUUUCAGUGUGUUUGGUUUGUUUU